AUGACUAACGCCGAUAGCCAGCCUCCAAACUCUAUAAUAACCAUGUGGAUCUUACUUGAAGGGAAAAAAAGAGCAGUGCAAGUUGACCUUGAUCAAAUAAAUUACGAAAACCGUAGUCUUAACUUGGACCGACUUACGCUUGUUCUUAAAGAAGAGUUUAAUGAACUUCUGAAUAUCGAACGAAGCGAUAUUGAAUUUUUUUCCCUCAAUGGCCACAAUACACUCACACCUCUUCGUAGUGGGACAUUACUUACAGAAAUAGUCACAACGGAUAUAGCCCCGCUUGUUGUGAGAACUGAUUCAAAUGAUCAUGGCGGACGUUUUCUUGACCUUAAAAUACAAAUAAAAGGUAAAAAAGCAUAUGGAGAUUGGACCCUCAAGGAGGUUUCCAAGGAGAUAUAUAAUGAUGCAUUUGAUUCUAUCGAAUCAAUGCAGAUAUUCGAAAUACAUGAAAUUUUCAAAUUAGACCCCCCACUUAAUGAUGAUGGUUUAAAACGUUUUGAAGACAACCUUCGGGAGAAGAUGAAUAUUUUUCACAAUGAGGUUACCACAAAUGAAGCAACUGCAAGAGAAUUUAUUUCGGUCUUCCUAUCUUUAGCAGUUAACCACGUACGAGCAUGUAAUGAUCCAUCAACACGAUUAAAGGUGGAAGUGGAACUCGAUGGAAGCCGUGGCUACGGUGUUUUGGAUUACGGUGUCUAUAUACAAAAAAUCCCUGUUUUAGUGACAGAAGCCAAACCAUAUGAAAGCGAGAAAGCCAUUGCACAAACUCUAGUACAAAUUCACAGUGCUGCGGAAUCAUUGCUGGGCAAGCGAAAACGAUCCGAACAAACAAUGUUUGGUAUCGUGACAACGGGUCGUUCUUGGCGUUUCAUCCGAUGGAAUGGGUCAUUAGAAUGCCCAAAAGCAGAGAUAACUCAAGAAUACCCUUGUAUUUUUGAAAAUGAUAUGAAAGAAGCCAAAAGGGUGGUCUCUUACAUUGUAUGCGUGCUACAAGCACAAGCUAAAUCAUUGAACAAGGAGAAACCAUGUGCAAAACGAUUAUGCACUGAUGAUAAGUUAGGAUAG